UUUGUCAACACGUAAUAAAGUCGCACGCAACAUUUUCAUUUUCCGUGUAAUUAAAUAGUUUAUUAAAACAGCUGGUUUAAUCUAAGGUUAAUAACUGGUAUAUAAAAAUGCCUACCAGUGAUAGUGAGGAUUUCGAGAGUGCUGACGAGGGCCACGGCAGCCCUGACAAGAAGGAAAGAAAGAAACGGUUGUCGUCUUCAAAUUACAGCGACGGCGCAUUAGAAGCUGAACAAAAGCUUACAAAUACUCAAACUACUUCCAGUAAUGUUCAAAAAGUUGUAGAAGAUGUGAAAGACACAGAUGGCUGGGAUGACUUUGACAUAGAGGACAAUGAGCCCAUUGUACCACAGAUAACAAAGAGUAUACCGGCUAAGAAUAAAACUAAGUUGGAAGAACAGCUGGGUAAAACAAUAGAGGAUGUGAAGUCUCAGGAUACCGGCUGGGAUGAUUUUGAUGACUGGGGACAAGAUGAUGCUGCUGCUGAUACUCAAAAGGUGGCCCCACCAAAACCACAACGUCAACCGAGCCAACCACCACAACCAGAGCCCAAUAUUCAGGAGGUUACUGACAGAUUAGCAGCAACCUCCACCGGUGGUAGUGGGUGGGGGUGGGGAUGGAGUGUGGACUCCCUGCUCAGUACCGCUACUGCUGGCAUUACUAAUAUUACCAGUCAGGUUUCACAGGGCAUAUCAACAGUCCUAGAAACCGGUAUAGGCGCUCCCGACCCUGAAGAACUAGCUCGAAUCAACCGAACAUCUAAAGACAAUGACUCUAAAGUCAGCAAAUCUGACCAUGAACCUGCAACUCCUAGUGAGAGGAGACCAGAAGUUGGUUCUGAGGAGGCUACGGCGAAUACUGGUGAUGCAUUCCAGUUUGGCAGUCUGUUCUCUGGUGUUACCAAGUUUGUCGAAACUACAGGAACAAAAGUAAUACACGGUGGCCUAGACACCCUAGAAACUAUAGGCAAGAAAACCAUGGAAGUGCUACAAGAUGGGGACCCAGGCCUUGCCAAGAAGCGAGCUCUCUUAGGCCUCGGAGCCAAUGAUAAACCAGUGCUGUCCCAAGUAUUGAGGGAGGCCAAAGCUAAGGCUGAAGAAGAUGAUAGAGUGAGAGAAGAGAAGAGAGAAGCUAAGGAAGUCCAUUAUGAGAACCUGUUUGAUGAUUUUGAAGGCCUAGUACAUUUAGAAGCGUUAGAGAUGCUAUCCAAACAGGUGAGCAUGCGCAUAGAGGAGCGCAUACGCAGCGUCGACGCGGAUAAGCGACAAGAUAUUAAAGAGACGCUGCAGCAAGUUGCUGAACUAUGCGAAAUGCCUGAAGAAGAUGAGGAAGAGGAAGAAUCUCCGAGCGCAGGCUUGUCCAAGCCUGAUGCGUUCCACGAGCGACUGCAGACCGCCACACAGGACUUGGGGCUUAAGCUGCAGUUCCAACCGCUUGUCAAACAAUAUACAGAAAUCCUAGCCUACAUAACAUCACUGGAAGCCGAUGUACAAAUAAAGUCGGUGUACAAACGCGGCGUCUCCUGCCUCGCUCAGAGCACUGCACUCUCAGUGGAGCAGUACCACAAGGCUGCUGAGAUGCUGCUGGUGAAGCCCAGGAGAUCGACUGCUGAUGAAGCUGAUGCCCUCACACAGAUGACCGUGGUGCUAACGAAACACAUCAGCGAGCUCGCGACACUGUUCACAGAGAAACUGAACGCUUUACCCUCAGACAAUAAGGAACAAGUCAAUACGUACAUCACCAAUAUAUUUUUAGAGGCUGGCAACAGUUCAACAUACAUCCAGAACGCGUUUCAACUAGCGCUGCCUAUACUACAGAUAGGCGCUGUAUAAUUAAAUAAUAAUAUAUAAUAUUAAAUAACUAUUGAUCUUGUAACUAAUGGAAACAUGAGUCAGUUAAAAUAUCUUGCUUUCUAAGGUCAAUCACCAUGUUCCUUCUAGAUCCCUAUGUGUGCCCAUUUUAGCUUGGGAGUUUGUUCAAUCAUUGCUUCUGCCCAGCAUAAACUCGUAGGAAGUGGUGAAGGGAGUCUUAUGUAAUUUUGACGUUCAAAAAGUGGUGUUUUGCAAGCUAUUUUGAAUAAUUGCUUUUAGAUUUUUUGACUGCCAAGACCUUAACUCUUACAAAUAAUUCCAAUCGGAAUAGCUUUUCUCUAGAGCUUAUUGAACAAUAUGAUGUUUUUUGUAUGAGCUUUUGCUGAGAAAAUGUUUAGUUAGAUUCUGAUUUCCAUUAGCUACUAGGCCGCUAGUAAAUACUUUAUUAUGUGAUACACGUUAAAAUGUUGUUACUACACUGUGUGGUUCAAAUUUUAUUCAUAAAAUAUUUGUGAAUUUGGGAAAGUUUUAGUAACCAAUUGUUAGAUAAUAAUAUAACAGACUUGAUCAUAAUGUUUAAUAAAUGUAACUGACGACAGGCAGGAAUAGUACCAAAAAAGUAACUCGUUUUGCGCAAACUCUCGUCCUGCGCUAAUUCUUGUUUUGCGCAAAUUCUGUUUUUGCGCUAAGUUAUCACUAGUUUUGCAUCCUACAAAGCACAAAUGAAUCUACUUCACAAUUUUUUUUUUCAAGGACUACGCAAUUUUUUUUAGAUACGUAACUCAUUUAAAAUCAUUAGAAAUUGAAAUACCUAAUGAUUGGUUACUAGAAUAGAAUAUAUGGUUAAAACUUACUAUACUUACUUAUUAUAAGUAACUGUUCAAUAUUUGGGUCUAAAAUGAAAAAUCAUGAUUUUUUCUUAUAUCAUAACAUAUAUUUAACUAAUAAAUGAAUAUAAGAUAGAGUUCUUCUUGACACUUAUCUAUAAAAGUUUUAUAUCUGUGAAUAUGCCUAAUAUAUUAAAUGCAUUUAUUUAAUAGUGAAUGUUGAAAA